AUGAGCGAUAACAAUAACAACGAUAACAACAACAAUACCUCUGUGGAUCAACCAAAGAUACUGGAAGAGGAGGUAUCAUUGGGUGAAGCUGUGGCAAGCAUGCAGGAGCAAGCCAACUCACAGAUAGAGACAAAGGUGCUCAAUUGGAUGAAAGAGAUGUUGGCUAAAGAGAUGAAGAGGAUCAAGGACCAAGGUGCAAAGUGUACACCAUUCGAGGUCAAGAAUACAGGACUGGUAAAGGAGAAGAACAUUGUCAUCAACAGACUAGAGAUAAAGACUAUAUUUGACUUUGAUACAGUACUACAGAUAUUGAUUUCCGAUCCAGUCGAGUGUCCUCAUAAACCUGGUUACUAUUAUAUCAACGUAUUGUUAUUCACUCGCAAGCCAGUACCAUAUAUCAUUCCUUACAUCUACCGCAAGUCUGAUGAUAACAAACUGACAGACUGGCUAUUCAUCAACGAUCACCUGAAGCGAAGCCAGCACAAGGUCAACCAAUUCGAGAGUGUAUAA